AUGAGAAGCACAACAUGCCUGGCGGCUUUACUGCCGCUUCUCGGAGCAACAUAUGCAGCACCGGAGGGCCCUCGAUGUCGAUGCACACCCGAUCAGUCUUGCUGGCCGUCGCCAGGCCUAUGGCAGACAUUGAAUAGGACGCUAUCGGGAAACCUUGUCGCCGUCAAGCCUGUGGGAGCCGUCUGUCAUGACCCAACCUACAACGGAGGUCUCUGUGAGGAUGUGAUGAGCAUGCAGACGAACUCUGCCUGGAGAUCCGCAGAGCCAGGUGCGGUCCAGAGCAUCAACUGGGAGACAUGGCCGGAAAAGAACGAGUCAUGCUAUAUUGACGGCCUUCGACAGGCUCCCUGUGGCCAGGGCAGGAUACCACUGUACUCUGCUGUCGUCCACUCGCCGUCAGAUGUCCAGAAAGCAGUCCGGUUCGCCGGCAAGUAUAACCUUCGUCUGGUAAUAAAGAAUACUGGACAUGACUUCCUCGGCCGUUCAACUGGACCGCAAUCUAUGCAGAUAUUGACCCAUAACAUGAAAAAUAUCAACUUCACCGAUAACUUCGUGCCGGAGGGUAAGCCGGGCGGCAGAGGUGUAGGCCAGGCAGUCACCAUUGCGGCUGGAGUUCAGCUUUAUGAGCUAUACGACGCGGCCGGCAAGAGAGGUCUCACUCAGGUCAUUGGCCUGUCAACCACGGUUGGAGCAGCUGGCGGAUAUAUCCAGGGCGGUGGCCAUUCGCCCUUAGGUCCGUGGAAGGGCAUGUCGACCGACCAUGUACUGGAGUACAAGCUUGUCACUGCCAGUGCCAAAUUUGUGACUGCGAACGAGUAUCAGAACCCAGACCUGUUCUGGGCUCUAAGAGGCGGUGGUGGAGGGACUUUCGGUGUCGUCACCAGCGUCACCCUCCGCACUUUCAAGGAUGUUCCAACCAUCGUAUCUCAAGUCAACAUCACGAUGGGCAGCAGGGCGAAUGAAUCGUACUGGACCGCAGUUGAGAAAUUCCAAGCAUAUCUGCCAACUCUAAGCGACGCAGGUUGUUCAGGGUAUUAUUAUAUCGUUCCAAACGUCACUAUCGGUGCUCAGAGUGUAGCCGCAUUCAUUGCUUCGCUCUACUUCCCCAACCAGACAGACAAGUCAUACGUUGACAACCUCUACAAGCCUCUGUUUGCGGACCUAUCGACCAUACCAGGAAUCAACGUGGCCAGCGCUAAUGUCGCAGCGUCAUCCUCAACCGAGGCCUUCAGGCCAGUAUUCGGCAACACACCACCACAAGAUGGCGGUGGAGUAAACAUCCUAGGAUCCAGACUGUUCUCCAGGAAACUCCUCGAGACUCCGGGAGGCGCAGCAAAUCUCACCACGGCUAUUUCCAAGCUGGGUUUUAACAGCCUGCAGCCCGUCAUCGGACACCUCGUCGCUGGCGGACAGGUUGCUAAGAACAAAGAUGUUCAAAGCGCUCUCAAUCCGUCAUGGAGAAAGGCAUUGGUUCACCUUGUGAUUUCCCGUGACUGGAGUAUCAAUGCCACGUUUGCGGAGCAGGAAAGAGUCUCGACCAAGCUCACCGAGGUCGAUGUGCCAUUAUUAGCUGCCGUGGAGCCAGAUAUGGGUGCUUAUACCAACGAGGCUGAUGUAAACGAGCCAAAAUUCCAGCAGACGUUCUGGGGCUCGAAUUACAACAUGCUCCUCCGUAUCAAGAAGAGAUGGGAUCCAAGCGGCCUCUUCUUCGUUCGCUCAGGAGUAGGAAGUGAAGCUUGGGAUAAACAGGGCUUGUGCCGGGCCUAA